AUAGCCUCUCCAUUGACACACACACACCACCUUUCAAUAAUGUCCAACCUUAUAAUCUAACACCAAAGCUUUGCUAAAUGCUAACCAAACAUUCCACCUAAUUUUAACCUCAUCCUUAUGAACACCUCAAUAAAUUCCACACUCCUUCCCUCACUCCCACACCAAGGACCACUCUUCCAUUCACACAUUCAAAUCUCACUCACUCAUUCUCAUAACACAAAAGAUGGUGAUCAUGAUGAUGAUGAAAACGAAGAUGAAGAAACACCAUCUCCUCUCUCUCUCACUUCUAAUGCUUCUCUGCUACACCACCACCGUUUCAGCUCAAACCCCAGCACCAUCACCAUCCUCAGCCCCCACAGACAUCAUCAGAAUCCUCAAAAAGGCAGGAGGCUUCACCACCCUAAUCCGUCUUCUCACCACAACGCAGGUCUCAACCCAGAUCAACGCCCAGCUCCUCAACUCAAACAACGGCUUAACACUGUUUGCACCAAACGACAAUUCCUUCCAAAGCCUCAAACCUGGCUUCCUCAACUCCCUCAACGACCAACAGAAGAACGAGCUCAUCCAAUUCCACGUCCUGCCCACGUUCGUUUCCAUCUCAAACUUCGACACUCUGAGCAACCCCGUCAGAACACAGGCCGGUGAUGACCCUGAUAGGUUGGCGUUGAACAUCACAAGUUCCGGGAACCAAGUGAACUUGACAACCGGCGUUGUUAACACCACAGUCGGUGGAAGUGUGUACUCCGAUCACCAGCUUGCCAUUUAUCAAGUGGACAAGGUUCUUCUUCCCAGGGACUUCUUCGUUCCCAAGCCUCCACCACCUGCUCCUGCACCUGCAAAGGCUAAGGCUUCUUCUGCUAAGACAUCUACAGAUGGUCCUGCUUCUGCUGAUUCCCACUCUGCUGCUACCAAUUUGAAACUCAAAAUCUGGUUCUCCCUUGCAGUUGCAGCAGCAGCAGUAUUCUCACUGUCACCGUGACACCUACGCCAACCACGUUACUUGGGCUCCGAUGUUGUCGUGCUUUCUUAAUUUCCACCUGCUUUUUUGUCAUUGGUUGGAUUCAAGGGGAAUCGUGAACUUUUUGUAGCACUUUUCGAUUAUUUUCUUCUUUUUCAUUUUUAUUUUUCUUUUUUUGUACUCACUCCGUGGUGAAACAUGUAUUCGAUUUUGAAGGUACUUCUUUCUCUUUA